CCGCACCGCGUAAUCGGUUGCGUAGCAAUAGUUUUUCUCGCAGCGCGUCACAGGGUGAGAGCGCACGGAAGCGAAGGUUGCGCCCGUGACCGCGCCCGCCCGCCGCGAUAGCGUCCGCCGUCCGCCGUCCGCCGUCGCAGUAUCGCUCCGCGCUCGCUGCUUCUCGGACCUCGAGCCGUAUCCAACUCAGCAACCUGGAUGCACCCCCCUGAACCCAGUGAAGUGAUGUGCCAUUAGCUGACGAUGUGUAAGCGGCGUAUGUGUAAAGUGUCUAUAUGCGCAAGAGGUGCGAUCCGGCAUAGGUCUGCGCGACCGUAGCAAGUCAUGUGGACGCUGUCGCUGGCGUUGCUGGCCAUCGUCACGUUCGGCGGUGGAGCCAGCUUCUCAACCAACAAAGAACUAUUGGAGUGUGCAAGCCAGAUCCUGUACAUGGACCAACAUUCAUAUCAGAUUCCCACAAACUACAAUAGAAACAUUCCACCCGGCAAAAACACCACAGUUUAUAUCGGCGUCAACAUAAACCGCGUCUCUGGUGUUGACGAGAAUAAAGAAGAGAUAACAUUGGACAUUUUCCUGCAAGCAUCAUGGGAAGAGCGGCGCUUGAACGUCCCAUCCGAGAUUCCGUUCAUCGACUUGCCAUGGGAGUUCCGUGAGCUCAUAUGGACGCCAGACCUAUACAUCUGGCAGUUACAAUCCAUGAAGAUCCUCUCCGUACUCAAGGAAAUGGCCUCGCUGAGGCUUUACUCCAACGGCACCGUCUCAGUCAGUAUUGGUGCAACAAUAACAAUCAAAUGCGAGAUGGACUUUGUGCUAUACCCACUAGAUGUGCAAAAUUGCGCGAUAGAUUUCAGUAGCUACAAAUACACAAGGCAAGACGUGCGUUUCGAGUGGCGUGAGGUGGCGCCAUGGCUGGGACUGGGGCCUGCCAAUGGACAACGCAGCCAGUUCCGCCUCCCUAAAUAUGUGGUCACAUUCGUCACGGACAAAAGUAAUCAUAUUCGCAAUUUUGGUGAAGGCGAGCACUCAGCUGCUCGUCUCCAGAUCAAACUGUCCAGGGAGUUGAGAAGCUACCUCCUGGAGAGUUAUCUACCUUCCUCGUUGUUCGUGAUCAUCUCAUGGGGCAGCUUCUGUGUCAUUCCGGAGAUUGUCCCUGGUCGGAUGGUGCUUCUGGUAACUACUUUGCUGUCGCUCGUCACCAUGUUUGAUACCGUCAGCACAAAUUCGCCGGACGCACUAGAGCUGAAAUGCAUCGAAGUGUGGCUGAUCUCGUGCACCAUCUUCGUGUUCCUGGCACUGAUGGAGUACUUCAUAGUGUUGUUUGGUAUCCGAUACGACAAGAGUUGGAGCCGCCGACGGCAGGACCUGCGACGAGCUGCCUCCGCCGCCCAACUAGCGCCUCCAAUGCAUAUGAAUCAUUCUCAGAGAUUAAGCACUCCUGUGACGGGAACCCCACAAGGUGGAGUGUUCACGCCACAGCUCAGCGUCGAAGAUGACGGCCUCAAGCAACAAAUGUCGCAUCAAACAAUUCAACGGGACUCACCAAUGCUGGAUACGCUCCAGUCUAGCGGUGGUGGAGGCAGGUCGGGUAGUGGUACGCUGGCUCGACUGGGCGCGCUAGUGGACAGCGGCGUGAUGUUCUGCGGCGCGCAACAUGGCGCCCUUGAUCGAUUCGCGCUUAUGGUCUUCCCAGUCUGCUUCUUCCUCUUCAACGUUAUCUACUGGACUACAUACCUCAGUGAGGCCCACAGGGUCUACGAUAAAUAAGUGAAAAUCCGUUGGACACUCGACAGUGACAGAGCACGUGUUUCACCGAAAUGUGAUUGUUGUGCCUAUAUAGACAUAUUGUAACAUACUUACUUGUAAAUAUUAGACGAAUUGCUAGUCGACUUUACAAAAGUGUGAACCCCUGUUAAUAAGUUAUGAUUAGGUAAGGCUUAUAUUAAUCUUUUGACUACCACAGUUUAUUUUUAUACACAUGUGAAGAUUUUUUUGUACAGGUACAUAUAAAUACUAUAUUUUUAUUCGCGACAUUAAUAUAUGUACAACAUAGCACUGGUAACAACAGCAUUCUUUAUUGUCUAAUAUAUUUAUUGUCCAAUAUUUUUUAUUUUGUUAUGUAUUUUGAAAUGAUAACAUGUUCACGUAGGUCUGUUUGUGGAUAUAUUUUUUGAAGUCUGCUUUAUUGCAUGAUUAAUAUUUCGGUGCACAAUGCAGAAUUACAGAUUUUUUAUAUAAAAAAAUGUAGUUGCUAUCUAUAUUUUUGCUACUUGUUUACUUAAAUAGAUUGUUUCUGCCAGUUACACGAUGCCGAUGUUACCAGUUAGGUAGGUAUACAGGAAGUGCCCUUAGGAUAUUCUAAUAGUAUUGAAAUUAUUACUUUUAUUUUUUGUUACAUUAGGUAUAUAAAUAUAUAUGUAUACUUUAUAAUAUAUAUAUACUGGUAUGUUAAUAUAACAUAUACGUUAUAAACAUAUUAUACUAUAUGUUCAUAUCAAUGCAUAUCAUCACAAAAUUAAAAUAGAUGUAUAAAUUCAUUAUACAUACAUAUUCGUAUUAGUUCAAAUUAUAAAAAUGUAAGGUGCCUUUUAUACGCAUUAUUUUAAGUUUGAUAACUAUUCCAUGCUUGGGUCAGAAGAAACUAUGUACUCGUAGGUACAUAAGAUUUAAUCUACAUAUCUGUUCUCCGUACCAUUCUUACUUUAUAAUACCUAUCUAUAUAUAUUAUAAAGUAAGAAUGGAAUAUAUUAUAAAUUAUAAUAAUUAAUUAGGUAUUUAUGCAAAUAAAUAUUUAUACUUAAAACUGCUCAAUACUGAAGAAUUCUCGUUAAUUUAACCUAUACAAAUACUACAGUCCUUAAUAGUUCUACCGUAUUAUCACUUCAAUUUAUGGGCGCAUUCAAAAUCUUCAAACGUUUAAAGACUCUUGCCUCGCUUAUCUUGCAAUGUACAUUUUGGUGAUGUAGCUUACGGUAUUAUUAAAUAUUUACAUUUUAUGAAGCUUAUAAUAUAAAGGUUCAUCUUUAACUUUUUAGCAAUAAGUAUUAGGUACCUACUUCCCCAUAAGUUUCAAGUUUUUUAGUUACCCUGGUCAUAUUUUAUCAACAUAAUAUGACCAGGGUAACUAAAAAAUUAAAUACCUAUAUGGUUUAAUUGCAUACUAACUAAUCGAUAAUAAAAACUUUAAAAUUUGGUUCAAUCGCCUUAAAGAAAGUCUACCUAAUAAAUAAAUAUACAUAUUUCAUAUAUAUUAUAUAAUAACGAUGAUGAUUAUGAAAUUUAACUUCUGAAUGAAAUUAGGAAUAAGGAAAACGGUAGGUAUAUAAUAUCUAUACAGGGUAUAAAAUAUUAACACCCUAAGUUAUAAAGUCUAUGCACUUUGUGAUAUACGUAGGCGCGUCGCACAGCAGACACUCGCAUUGAUGCAAUGUCACAAUAUAAACUUAAUUAUCAAAAACAUACUGCCAAAAUUAUUGUUCACAAGACCAUAUAGAACCAGGUACAACGAGGCAUAUGUUGCCCAAUUAGUUCUCACGAAAGUACUUACCUAUAAAUUAGUAACUAAGAAACAUACCUAAUGUUGUAUAAGAUAAUUUAAGACUAUACAUGAAAUUACGCUAGAUUUCUCGUACAACAAAAUUAACAUAGGAUAAACAAUAUAGAUUCGAUCUGGUAGGUACCAUAUUUAAAUCAAUUCUAUUAUAUACUGUAAAUAAUAAUAAAUAAAUAGGGAAUUUUUAAAAAAUAUUCACCACCUUAUAACUGUCAUACAGUAAUUAAACUAUAAAUAAAUUAUAACAAUAUAUAUAUUAAUAUUUUUUAAAUAAUAAAGAUUAUGUGAAAUGAUAGAUAUAAUUUAUUUUAUUUUAUAAAAAAUAUAUAUAAUAACGAAACUACUUUCCAUUGUUAUCUAGUCAUAAAAACGAUCUUAAUAGAAAUUAAAAUUAUUCGUAAUUGUAACACUUCAUUACACUGCACCCCUGGCCCAUUAGUAUGGUAGGUAUAGCACAAAUUACUAAACCACUAUUGCACAAUAAUGUUAAUUAACAAAAAGAUAUAAGAGGCUCGAAAAUGUAAUAAUGUAUUAAAAGGUAGUUAACUAAAUAAAAAGAUUGCUCCCUCUAAACAUAAUUCAUUGUCACGUUUAAUUCAUUCUUUAAUAUUUCAUUAUUAGAAUUCGUCAUUAAAUUUAUAGUGGAGUUUAAUUCUGGAUAUUCGGUGUAUAAUUGUUAUUCUUAUAAUUAUUAUACACUAUAAAAUAGGCACACGUCAAUAAAAUACUAGAUAU